AUGGCUCCAACCAUCAUUGCAUUUGACCUCUAUGGGACCAUACUUUCCACCGAUUCCAUUGUCAAGGCAUUGGCUGGCUUGUUUGGAGAUGAAAAAGCCAAGACAAUUGCGACGCAAGCGCGGCGGUAUCAAUUGGAGUAUACAUGGCGGAUCAACAGCAUGGGCAUGUAUCAAUCGUUUAGUGAGUUGACUCGAUGGUCAUUCCGGCAUGCUACUGCUGAGGUUGGCGAGAAGCUGUCACCGGAGCAAGAGGAGAUGAUCAUGAAUGCCUAUAACGGCCUAGACGCGUUCCCAGAGGUGGAAGCAGCGCUCAAUCUCAUCUCAAAGACCCCUGGGGUCGAGGCAUACGUCUUUUCCAAUGGCACUGAGUCGAUGAUCGCAUCGUCGCUGAGUACUUCGCCGUCACUGGCCAGGUCUAGUUCCGUCUUGCCGGCGUCGCGGAUUGUCAGCGUAGAUCCCCUGAAAGUGUUUAAGCCCGAUCGACAGACGUACGAGCACUUUGCAAAAGUAGCGAAUCUGGAAUCUCAGCCGGGAAAGCUGUGGCUGGUUUCUUCUAAUCCUUUUGAUGCUCUUGGUGCGAGGGCGGCGGGCUGGAGGAGUGCUUGGGUCAACCGGAGUGCAACCUUGGGCUGGAUUGAUGGUUUAGGUGGUGCAGUUGGUCUGAAUCCGACAGUGAUUGUCAAGGGCGUGGAUGAAGCCGUGGCGAAGAUUAUUGAGGCUGAUGUCCAAGGUGAAUAG